AUGGUAAAGAAGUUGAGUCAUAAUUCAUUAAUAUAUGACAAGAAUAAAGGAUCAUUAAUAUGGUUUGAUGAUGCAAAAUAUGAAGGAAUAGGAUUUUUUGUUGAAUCUUCUAAAGAUGUUCAUUUCGAUGUUGUAUUUGAAACAGAUGGUAUCAAAAUUGAACUUGAUAUUACUCUAUUACUUUUUUCUCCUUUUUGUGCUAUGGUGUUAGGAAAAGACUACUCAAUUUUAGAACAAAUGAUUUGUAUAAGGCUUGUUCCUAUAAAUAAUUCUCCCGCAACUGAAAAUAUUGCCGAAGAUUUUAUUGAUUCUUCUACUGAAGAAUGCCUGCUAUUCGAUGAUGAAUAUAUGCAUAGAACCAUUAGUUUAUUUAUUAUUCCAGUAAAUGAGUUGUAG